AUGGCUUCCAUCGCACCCGAGAAGAUUGGAUCUCUUACUGCCCCCGAGGUUCAGGUCGAACAUGCGCCGGACAAAAUCGGCCAUGAUGGUUGCAAAGAUUUAGCGGGGCAUACCUUCGAAUACACUUAUUCCUCAGGCGUCCACUACCGCAUCAGUUUUGACGAGGAGAAAGCUUACUUCUCACUUCCAUGGAGAAUCGAUGGCCUCACCUAUGGUGGCCUUUCUUAUAGAGCGCGUCAGUUACGAGACAAUCAGUAUUUGGUCCAUUGGUUAAUUCCAGGACGUGUAGGCGCUGUGGCACUUGUGUUUGAUUUGACGCACAAGCGCGUUGAUGCAGCAGCAUUGAUGCCUGGAAAAUUUGAACUGUUCGACCGGGCGACAUUUGACGAAUUUAAAUCCGGUGGAGAAGGCGCAUUAUACCAUAAGAGCCCGGAGGAAGAAAUUGAUCCUUGGUAA